GAACCCACUGAAAAGCAGGACGCCAUUUCUUCUCGUUGAUUUCUCGCUCCCUGCUGCCUGCUUCGAUCUUGUUAUCCUUAUUCAGAUCAACUUAUAGUUGUGCAGCCGUCAGACUUUGUUGCCAUAAUCACUUGAUUUUGCUGAAAGGUAUUUGUUGAAAUGAGUGAAAAUCGUGAGUGGAUGUAUAGACGGUUUUUACCCGACGGAGCUUUCAACCCCGCAUUCGUUAGAGGUCUUCAAGAAUUCAUUGAUUUUGCUAACAGUAGAGAAGAUUUAAUGGAUGGACAUAAAAUUAGAUGUCCGUGCAGAAGGUGUGAUAAUAUAAAAUUUCAUACAUCGAGGAAUGUCCAAUACCAUAUUUCAAAGAAUGGGUUUGUGUUGAAUUAUCACAUUUGGAGGUUUCAUGGUGAAUUAGAAAUGAUGGCAACCGAAUAUAAUCAAUUUGAUGCUGAUGAUGACAAUGAAGAUGAUCAAAGCACAUACCACAAUAUGGCGAUAGACGUUGCUGCUUCACAAUUCAAUAUUGAACAGCCGCCUAAUCCUGAAGCACAACAAUUAUAUGAUAUGUUGAGUGAUGCAGAUAGGGAGUUAUGGCCUGGUUGCAAAACUCAUUCACAAUUAUCUCUUGUGGCUCGUCUAAUGUGUUUGAAGGCAGAGGGAAACAUGUCCGAGAGAUGUUUUGACCAAUGGCUUGAGUUGAUAAAAGAAAUCCUUCCCGAACACAAUUUAGCUCCCAAUAACUUCUAUAGCACAAAGAAGUUAUUAAGUGAAAUGGGGUUGCCAGUUGAGAAGAUUGACUGUUGCCGUAAUAAUUGCAUGCUUUUCUGGGGAGAGGAUAGCGAGGAUAUUGAGUGUAAGCAUUGCAACGAGCCACGUUACCAACAAAGUGAUACAUCUUCUGCGUGUAGUUCAAGGACUCUGGUAGCAGUAAAGAAAAUGUUCUAUUUUCCUUUAACUCCUCGAUUGCAGAGAUUGUAUGCAUCCAAAGCUACAGCUGCAGAUAUGCGUUGGCACGCAUCUUCAGUGGAUGAUGGAAUAAUGCGUCAUCCUGCAGACUCGCCUACUUGGAAGCAUUUGAGUCAAAAGUUUCCAUCUUUUGCCGAAGAGAGUCGAAAUGUCAGAUUAGGAUUAUCGACUGAUGGUUUCCAACCUUUUGGUCAAUUAGGGCAACAAUAUUCUUCAUGGCCCGUGAUUGUUACACCAUACAACUAG